AUCCGCCAGCAGCCAAAGUGGUCGGAGUUUCCCCCAAGCUUCAAUUUGGUCAGAUCAAACACCAGGGCAACAGACAGUUCCGACCUUCAAUCAGGCCACAAUGGCGGGGGAGCAACUUUCCCCUCCAUCUCCCGCCCCACCCCAAAUGCCAGUGCCACCACAGCCAGUCUCACUGCAGACUUCCUCCACUCCAAGUCCAAGACAGGUGUGAACAAAAAGCUGAACAGCAGUUGGCCAGUGAAGGAGAAGCCAGUUAGACUGGAGGAGAUGGAGAGAGAGCUGGCUCACAAACUCCUUCAGGACAUGAUCGAAACCAGCUCCGAACGACGCAAACUGCCUCAAAAAGGUAAACACAAACUGGACCCAAUCACCCACCCCACCAAGAGGAAGACACCCCCCUCCCCACACUCGAACAAAGACAAGAAGAGUACAAAUGGGACAGGAGGGGGAGGGGGAGGGGGGAGGAGGGCUUCGAACACUCUGAAUUUGGCCCACAAGAAGGAGACAGAGAGACAGAAACAGAUGUUCAGAAGCACUCUGGUUGAUAUACUUAUACCAAACGGCCAAUCUCUUCAACAAGUGCAGGCUGUUGACCCUCAAGGAGAACAUGGCGGCUCUCAAGCUGCACGACCCAACCAGGCUGAAAAAGACAUGAUGAGGUACCACUACUACAUCUCGAAUGGGAUAGACACAGAACACGUGGCCCCAAUGGAGGACAGUUGGCUGCAACACAUCAUGGGACUGGUGAAGGAACCCCUGAAGAAACACCAGGAGACCAUCGAGAACUUAUGCGAUGAGAUCAAAGAGGACUACCUACUCAGUGUGAAAAAGGCCAUUGUUGACUUUGUUCUCAACGACCCCUCGACCACCAACGGUCUAUCCCAGCCGGGGGGACCCUCUAGACCCCAGACAGCUUCCCAGCUGACAGCCAGGAUCAAAAGUGCACCUAGGAAGGAGGGGAAAGAAGGA